GCGCGUUGCAUUGUGGGGUGGCGGCGGCGGUGUUGGUGUUGGGCCGGGGCUUCAGAGCGUUUGCCGGGCCGCGGCUAUGGCUUCCUGGGCCACUCUUUCGCCCAGCAUCGUGGAGUAUUUCGAGGGCGAGGACUUCUACCGCUGCGGCUAUUGCAAGAACGAGUCGGGCAGUCGCUCCAAUGGCAUGUGGGCACAUUCCAUGACAGUACAGGAUUAUCAGGAUCUUAUAGACCGAGGAUGGCGAAGAAGUGGAAAAUAUGUGUACAAACCUGUCAUGAAUCGAACAUGUUGUCCUCAGUAUACAAUAAGGUGCCGACCUUUACAUUUUCAGCCUUCAAAAUCUCACAAGAAGGUUUUGAAAAAAAUGUUGAAAUUUCUGGCUAAAGGGGAAAUCUCCAAAGGAAAUUGUGAGGAUGAGCCCAUGGAUUCUACAAUGGAUGAUGCUGUUGCGGGUGACUUUGCGUUGAUAAAUAAAUUGGACAUACGGUGUGAUCUCAAAACGCUUAGUGAUGACCUCAAAGAGAGCUUUGAGAGUGAAGACAUGAAAGGGAAAAACUCCAAGAAGGAAGAAUCUAGUGAAUUAAUUCAGUCACAGGAUGUAGAAGAGAAGUUGGGCUCUGGUGAACCAUCGCAUCUGGUUAAAGUUCAUACAGUUCCUAAGCCAGGCAAAGGGGCUGAUUUGAGUAAGCCUCCAUGUCGAAAAGCAAAGGAAAUCCGGAAAGAAAGGAAAAGGUUAAAACUCAUGCAGCAAAACCCAGCUGGAGAACUCGAGGGCUUCCAGGCUCAGAGUCAGCCACCAUUUUUGUUCCCACCAAAGGCUAAAUCCAACCAGCCCAAAUCACUUGAAGAUUUAAUUUUGGAAUCUUUACCAGAGGAUGCAUCACACAAGUUAGAGGUGAGGCUGGUGAGAUCAUCUCCACCAAGUUCUCAGUUCAAAGCCACAUUUCAAGACUCUUACCAGGUCUAUAAACGUUACCAGAUGGUUAUUCACAAGGACCCACCUGAAAAACCAAAUGUGAGCCAGUUCACGAGAUUCCUUUGCAGUUCACCUUUGGAGCUGCACUUCAGCCCCACACGAGAAAUUGCUUUUACUAGGCAACUUCAUGAGAAAGCGUCUCAACUCAGCUAUUAUUACAUGGGUUUCUACAUUCAUUCGUGUCCCAAGAUGAAAUAUAAGGGUCAGUAUAGACCUUCUGAUUUGUUGUGUCCUGAAACAUAUGUUUGGGUACCCAUUGAACAGUGCCUGCCUUCACUUGAAAACUCCAAAUACUGCCGUUUAAACCAGGACCCAGAAGCAGUGGAUGAAGGUCGCUGUAAGGAACCUGACCGGUUGCGGGUGUUUCAUAAGAAAGCCAUCAUGUCUUACGGUGUUUACAAGAAACACCAGAAAGACCCAAGCGAGGAGGCCGCCGUGCUGCAGUACGCGAGCCUGGUGGGGCAGACAUGUUCCGAAAGGAUGCUGCUGUUCAGAAACUGAGCCGCGCGCAGGCUCCUCCCAGUGCGGUGCUCCUCGUGUGCUGAUCUGUGACGCGGUACAUGCUCAGCACCUCGGGGGAAACGGUGUAACCAGUCACAAAUUAGACUUUUUUAUUUUGACUAUCCUAUGGCUUUUAAAAAAUACUUUGUGGCAAUAUAUUUGUGAGAAUCUCAUGGUUACUAUAGAGAUGUAAAACUGUGUUAUGACCUAGCCCCAUCGUUGGGGUUUAUCAUUUUGGAGGAUUGUUUCUGUUACAAGAUAUGCUAAACUUCUCGUUAGUAUCUUGGAAAGUAAAAUUAAGAAGCGAAUGUGAGUAAUUUAAUCACAGUUGUGCUUAUUCUGUUAGAUUAAAACAGACUAUUUCCUCAGACCCAUAUAAAACACAAGGUUAUGCUAGAAAACCUUAAGUGUGGGGACGG